AUGCGACGCGCUACAGCUAUCUUCAUAGUUAUAAACGCGACCAUCAUUCUUUACCUUCUUCACGCAUGCAGCACCCUAAUCGGCCUAUUGUUCGAAGAUGGUGCAGCAGACAUUAUUAGCUCAGAAGAGAUACCCGCACUAGAGACUAAAUGGAGCAAAAAUUCUACGCAACUAAUUCCAAAAAUCAUCCAUCAAACCUACAUCAACGAAAGUAUACCGAGCCAGUGGAUCUUGAGCCAAAAAAGCUGUUUGAAUCUCCAUCAAGAUUAUGAGUACAAGUUGUGGACAAAUGUUGAGUCUCGCAACUUUAUCGCUUCACAAUUCCCCUGGUUUUUAAAAAAUUUCGACGACUAUCCAUAUGCCAUCCAACGGGCCGAUGCCAUCCGAUACUUCGUGCUUGCCCACUUUGGUGGCAUCUACAUUGAUCUCGAUGAUGGAUGUAAUCGACGACUCGAUCCUCUUCUCGCCUUUCCAGCCUGGUUACGCCGCACUGUUCCGACCGGUAUUUCCAAUGACGCUAUGGGUAGCGUACCCCAGCAUCCGUUUUUCCUUAAAGCUAUCAAUAGUCUUCAGACCUACCAGCGCAACUGGGGUGCACCAUAUUUAUCGGUUAUGUACAGUACAGGUCCGCUCUUUCUCAGUGUUCUCUGGAAGGAGUACAUGCACGGUUAUCGCCCAGCAGAAGAGCAUGUAAGAAUUUUGACGCUCAAUAACUAUAAGGGUUUUCCGGAAAGCUUUUUCAACGUCACAAAAGGCAAUAGUUGGCACAGAGAAGAUGCAAAGGCAGUCCUAUGGAUGGGAAAACAUUGGAUGUUGCUGACCGUCUCCGGGUUUGCUGCAGCUAUAGUCAUAGGAAGUUUUCUUUGGAUGUUAUGGAAUCGGAUUUUCUCGCGACCCACUAAGAGCCGGCGAUGGAAGAGUGGUGCACACUAUGAACUUGUUGAUCGUCAGGCAUAG